AUGGCAGUAGAGUACGGCUCACAAAUAAGAUCAAGAGUCGAAGAGAUCUCUCGCGGGGCGAGUUCAAUGUGGGGAAAAUGUUCUCCCGAGGACAGAUAUAUGUAUGAUCGAAUUGCAGAGUGCACUAAAAAAUUACAUUACAAAAUGUGGCCAGAUCACGAUGUCAGCAAACCCGCGCGAAAAUAUGGUUAUGAUGAGGUCAAAGGAUGUUCUACGAUGUUCUUCGGAACACGACCGAACAAUCCACCUUCGGGGAAUAACAACGACAGUUUAAAUCGAAUCUCCGGAGAUCAAAAUUAUGUUUACAAAAUAUUUACUUCAAAACUCAAACUUAGCGAGCAGAAUCGGACGAUGACUCAAUUGAAAGUCAAUACCAUGUCUUCCUACGACAAAUCGCUAGUUGACUCGCUUAACAAACAUGUUAAAAUCUAA